AAAACAAGUUUGCUUCAUCUCCGAUAUGACAUCCCUUUAGAUGUUUAAAGAUGAAUAUCUUGUUUCCUUCACUCUUCUCCAAGCUAAACAUAGACAGCUCCUGAAGUUGUUCUUAGGACUUAGUUUCCAGAUCUUUGAUCAUCUCGGUCCCCCUCCUCUGGACCCAUUCCAGCCUUUAAAUAUCCUUCUUUAACUGUGGUGCCCAGGACUGGAGACAGUAUUACAAAUUGGUUCUGACCUAAGCAGAAAAGAGUCUUCUGGAGACAUUUUGCUACAAAAUAUGGCAGAUUUAUGGAUGAUCUAAGGAUCUACGUGAGAGGAGGAACUGGUGGAAUGGGCUAUCCUCGAUUAGGUGGAGAAGGAGGAAAAGGUGGCGAUGUCUGGCUGAUGGCUCAUGAAAAAAUUACCUUGAAGAGACUUAAAGACCAAUAUCCAACCAAAAGGUUUAUUGCAGGAACAGGAGCCAACAGUAGUAUUGCUGCGCUGAAAGGUGCUAGUGGCAAAGAUUGUGAGGUAAAUGUGCCUCCAGGAAUUUCAGUCACUUCAGAUGAUGGGAAAAUGUUUGGUGAACUUAACAAACCAGGAGAAAGGCUGUUGGUGGCACGUGGGGGUAUUGGUGGAUGCCUGGUAACAAAUUUCCUGCCCUCCAAAGGUCAAGCACAUACGAUUCAUCUUGAUCUAAAACUUAUAGCAGAUGUUGGUUUAGUUGGAUUUCCAAAUGCAGGAAAGUCCUCUCUGCUAACCAAGAUUUCUCGUGCUGCUCCUGAGGUUGCCGAUUACGCUUUCACAACAAUAAAACCUGAACUUGGAAUAGUUAAAUAUGCUGAUCACAAACAGAUCACAGUUGCUGACCUUCCAGGAUUGAUUGAAGGUGCACAUAUGAAUAAAGGAAGAGGACAUAAGUUCUUGAAGCACGUGGAAAGAACAAAACAGCUGCUUUUUGUUGUUGAUGUAUCUGGAUUUCAGCUUUCUUCUUUAUCACCAUUCAGAACAGCCUUUGAAACUAUAAUGCUACUGGCAAAGGAACUGGAAUUGUACAAAGAAGAACUUCGAACUAAACCUGCAUUACUUGCUAUCAAUAAAAUGGACUUGCCCAGUGCAAAAGAAAAACUGAAUGAACUUAUGGAACAACUGCAAAGCCCUGAAGAUUAUAUGCAUUCACUUCCAGUAAAGAUGAUUCCAGAUGUCAUUAUCAAGUUCAAAGAGAUCAUUCCCAUAUCUACACAUUCUGGUGAAGGAAUUGAAGAACUGAUUGAAUGUUUAAGAAAAAUACUAGAUGAAGAAGCUGAGAAGAAGAUUGAAAAUUAUCAAAGAGAGCAGCUUUAUGCACUGCAUCAGUCAGAAAUAUAGCUAUUCCUUAAAAUAAAAUAAAAAAAACAUUGGAUGAUGGUUAAGAGAUUAGUUCUUACAGCCCUCUGAGUGUAGUUGACUUUGUGCCAAGCCAGAGUGUGCUUUGACUUUCAGGCCAACUACUUAAAAAACAAGAGUAUAUAUUGUUCUCCAUCUGUAAAUUUAAAAAUGUGCAUUGUUUCAACUAGAUCAAUUUGUUACCAAAUACCUGCAAUUUCAAGUUACAUAAUAUUUGUAUUCAAGCAAGUUGUAGAUUACAUUUUCAAAGAUGUAAAUAAAUAUGUAAUUUUUUAAAUAAAGGUGUGCUAAGACUCUCAAAUUCCUUUACCAAAGCUUUUAGAUUAGUUUCUAUUCUAAGACAAGAACAUGUAAAAAUUACUGGGCUUAAUUUCCUGAAACAUUUUGGAAUGUUUAAAAUUACUUAACAGAGGUAUUUAGCAGCAAUAGUGCUAAGCACCAUAUUAGAACAACUGUCAUGUACGAACAAAAUGCAAGAGUGUUGCCUUUCGUGUGGUUAUUUGGCAUGAAGAUAACUUCAAUUUAUGACAACCCUGUAAAUGAGAGACCUUCAAGAGUCUUGCUUGUCUUGCAAGAACAGGGCAAUGGCUUUAUUGUUUGGGCCAAUCCAUGUUGUGGCUCUGAUGCCACAACAAACUGCCAUUCCCAGAAGUCCAUAGCAUUGAGCCAUGGCAGUUAAAGUGGUGUCAAACCAGAUUGUUUCUGCAGUGCAGAUGCAGUUUUUCUCAGUUUAGUCGUCUUGGCCUAGAGUUCAGGCUUGAUUUGCUGUAGGAAUCUUUCAUUUGUCUUUUGAGUAGUUCUGGUAUCUGUAAGAGUAGCACAUUUCAAAUUAGUUUAUAUUUUUUUCUGUCUGUUUUCACACCCAUACAUAGAAAUUGGAAAUGAUUAAGACAUGGAUAAUUCAAAUUACGAUAUUUAAGUAUGCAUCUUUACACUUGAGGAUCUCACUUUGUUCCUUCAUAGUUCCACCCAACAAAUCUUAUUCUGACUUUGAAUACAUUUUCCAUUUUGUUUAAUGACUGGGAAAGGUGUAGAAAAUCUUAUUUCUCUUGUCUUCAUGAAAGUUAUGUAAAUGAUGUCAUAAAAAAU